AUGUCGGCUACUUCUUUUUCUACAGAGUUGAGCUUGAAGGAGUCGGAAUGUGAUAUUUGGACAGGGAAAUGGGAAAGAGAUACAGAGGUACCAUAUUACACAAAUGAGACAUGCUCAACAAUUCAGGACCAUCAAAAUUGCAUGAAGAAUGGGAGGCCUGAUACUGAGUUCUUGAAAUGGAGGUGGAAGCCAGACGACUGUGAGCUUCCUCGCUUCGAUCCGAAAGCGUUCUUCAAGCUUGUUCGGGGGAAGACGGUGGCUUUCAUCGGAGACUCCUUAGCUAGGAAUCAAAUGCAAUCCUUGAUGUGCCUCUUAUCCAGGGUUGAGUACCCAGAGGAUAUAUCAGAGACAACUGAUGAGAACUUCAAGCGGAUGUAUUAUAGUGCCUACAACUUCACUAUCUCUAUAUUUUGGUCACCGUUCCUUAUCAAAACCAAGCAACCAGUAUAUGAAGCUCCUUCUCUAGAUCACAUGUGGAAGCUCUAUCUAGAUGAGACAGAUGAUAAUUGGACUUCCAAAAUUGACAACUUUGACUAUUUGAUAAUCUCUGGUGGCACAUGGUUCACCCGGCCAUUACUAUUUUAUGAAAAACGGCAAGUAAUAGGGUGCCAGUAUUGUGACAUCAAGAACUUCCCAAAGAUACAUGUAAGCUACUUCCAUCGAAUGGCAUUCCGCACAGCAUUGCAAGGGAUAAACAAGUCACCGAGUUAUCGAGGGACGACAAUAGUGAGGACGAUAUCGCCUCCGCACUUUGAGAAUGGAGCUUGGGAUCACGGCGGAGACUGUCGGAGGACAAGGCCAGCAAGGAGAGGGGAGAAAAAGAUGGAGAAAAUAUAUGAGGAGAUGUAUAGGAAUCAAAUAGAGGAAUUUGAGGUUGGUAGAAAAGAGGGGAGGAAGAGAGGAUUGGAGUUCAUGUUGAUGGAUAUGACUGGUGCAAUGCUGCAAAGGCCUGAUGGACACCCUAGUGGGUAUUGGAGUUCAAAUGGGAAAAAAGGGAAAGAGAAGCAUAAUGACUGUGUGCAUUGGUGCUUGCCAGGGCCUGUGGAUUUAUGGAAUGAUUUGUUGUUUCACAUGUUGAGGAGGCAAGGCAACUGGGAGCUAGAGUGA